UGAAGUUUGAACCGUGGAAUCAAAAAGCGUAGGGAGACCACUGAAAGUAAAGCGGCGUAGAGGGGGUAGAGGAACGGCAUAGGGAGCCUGCGGACCAUGAGGAACGUGUUUCCUGCUGCAUUUGUGUUGGCGGCCACCAUUGCUGCAUGCGAAGCCACAUCCUCCGCUCCCAGUGGGCUCACCCGCGGUCCUUUCCUCCUGCAACAAACUCACUCUCACCCUCCUCCUUCUUCCUCCAUCCUUUUCCGCCCUUCCAAGGCUUUCGACACAACCUCUGCAUUGGUAGCCAAGUGUGCGCGCGUUAUUGGUCUUUCGGUCUCCGACGGCUUCGAGUCCUUCUUCCAGUCGGUCGGCGAUGCCCUCCCGGAACAAUUUUUCUCCGUGUGGACUCUGGUGCGGGCCAAGGCGUUGGCACCCGUGUUGAAGGUGUUGGUGGCCGCCUGCCUCUUUAUGUCGGUGAUGUUGGUGGUGGACAUCACCUCCAUGGCCCUUGUCAGCCUAGCCGUCAAGCUGCUCCGUUUCAGGCCGGAGACACGGUACAAAUGGGAACCCAUCAAGUCAGACGAAGAGACCGGAAGUUUGGCCUACCCAAUGGUCCUCGUUCAGAUCCCAAUGUACAACGAGAGAGAGGUCUACAAACUCUCCAUCGGAGCGGUGUGCGCGCUCACAUGGCCGCCGGAUCGGAUCAUAAUACAAGUCCUGGAUGACUCGACUGACCCUGCCAUUAAGGACUUGGUGGCUCUUGAGUGUAAGAUUUGGGCCAGUAAAGGCAUGAAUAUCACUUAUGAAGUUAGGGAAAAUAGAAAGGGUUAUAAAGCAGGAGCAUUAAAGAAGGGAAUGGAAUAUACCUAUGUUGAACAGUGUGAGUUUGUGGCCAUCUUUGAUGCUGAUUUCAGGCCUGGUGCUGAUUUUCUCAUGAGAACGAUUCCUUAUCUUGUGUCCAAUUCACAAAUUGCUCUCGUUCAAGCUCGCUGGGAGUUUGUUAAUUACAGUGAGUGCCUGAUGACAAGGAUACAAAGGAUAUCUCUUGAUUAUCAUUUCAAGGUGGAGCAAGAGGCGGGUUCAUCAACCUUUGCCUUCUUCGGUUUCAACGGAACUGCUGGUGUGUGGCGAAUACCUGCUAUUGAAGAAGCGGGCGGUUGGAAUGAUCGAACUACUGUGGAGGACAUGGAUUUGGCGGUGAGGGCAGGCCUCAAAGGUUGGAAAUUCUUAUAUAUUGGUGACAUCAAGGUCCAGAGUGAAUUACCGUGCACUUUCAAGGCAUACCGGCACCAGCAACACCGAUGGACAUGCGGAGCUGCAAACUUAUUUAGAAAGGUGGCAUUUGAUAUUUUGAUUGCUAAGAAUGUCUCAAUAUGGAGGAAGAUUUAUGUGCUUUACAGCUUUUUCUUUGUGCGCAAGAUUAUAACCCACAUAGUCACAUUUCUAUUCUAUUCCGUCGUGGUUCCAGCCUCUGUUCUCAUACCGGAGGUCAGCAUUCCCUUAUGGGGAGUGAUGUACAUUCCAACUGCCAUCACCAUUCUCAAUGCCUUGAGAAAUCCACGUUUUAUUCAUAUAAUGCCAUUCUGGGUUCUGUUCGAGAAUGUCAUGUCCUUUCACAGAAUCAAGGCAACUUUGAUAGGCCUAUUGGAGAUGGGAAAUGUGAAUGAAUGGGUUGUAACAGAGAAGUUGGGAGAAUCUUCCAAAGGAAAUCCUGAGGACAACAAGCCUGAAGCAACCUCAACAAAAUUUAAAGAUAGAAUCAACUUUACGGAGCUUGGAUUCGCUGUUUUUCUCCUCUUUUGUGCUUCCUAUAACGUUGUCUUUGGAAAGAAUUACUACUACAUAUAUCUUUUCCUUCAAGCCUUUGCUUUCAUUGCAAUAGGCUUGGGCUACGCUGGAGCCUCUGCUUCCAACUCAUAGCCAUUGUCUGAUACCUUUUUCUUACAUUUUUUGGACAGCUUCAGACAAUUCUUUAUGUUAAGCUCUGAGGUCGUUGAAGAAAUAUGGCAGUGAUUUGUUGACAGGAAGGACAGGGAAAGACCAUGCAGACAUUGGCAUGUACGCCUCUGCUUACGAAUUGCCUAAUCCCCUUUUGGUUUUAUCUCGUUGUUGUAGCUUUAGGCUUUGACUUUAAGGAUAUCUAUAAACUGUACCUUUUAUCUGUAUAACUAUGCCGGAUGACUU